GUAAUACGGAGCCUUGUGCACCUUUUUAGUAUGGUGUAGUGUCGACUUGACCCUCGGUAAUGACGUUGUAUUGACGGAAGCGGACUAUCCAACCACACUAAACUUGCAGGUUGAGGCGUGUUUUACUACAAGCUAACUCCAAGGGAACAGCUCUUGGACUUCCCUGGUAGACAUUCACAUUACUAUCUGUUUCGAUUGGCCUAUAAAGAGUAUGUGAGCCGUGCGUGGGCUAUGAAACAUGGAGGUAUCCGAACCGCGCGAUGUUUCUCAAGAUAAACCCACGGAAAACUGCUUUGACAAGACGAUUUCGACUCUUACGGUGAACGAUGUUUAUGAAAUCGCCAAAGUCAUUGGUUCUGAAGUGGAAAAACUUAUCGACGGCUACGGCAAAGACAGUGUUGUGGGUCUUGUACCCAAAAUAGUGAAAGUGCUUGAACUUCUGGAGAGGUACGCUUCGUGGAACCAAGCCCACAAGCUGCAAGAAGAAGAGCUGCUCAAGACAUUUGAGACCAUCCAGCUCCAACAGCACAAAAAGCGUGCGCCCAAAGACAACGAAGAGGUCAUAAAACACCAAAGAGGGCAAGAAGAGCAAGAACAACAACAGCAAUGGAAAAAGAAGUGCGAAGAGUUGCAGAUCCAGGUACAGCAGCUGCAGGAGGAUAGGGAGGAGCUACACAAUCGACUCAAAGGCAGUUAUGCAAAGGAAGACCGUGUUCAGCGGCAGGAGCGAGAGGUGAUGCUUAAAUUGAAAGGUGUUGUGGAUAAACAGCGAGAUGAACUCAGGGCCAAAGUUCAGGAGAUCUCAUCCGUCUCCAAAGAAGUAGAAGCACUUCAGGAGCAGCUGGAGCGAUUUAUGAAAAUGAAUGCAGAGUUGCGACACAAGCAGAAUGUGAUGCAGGUCCAGCUCAAGAGCACAGUGGAGAGGAAAGCCGACAUGGAGGCCGACCUUAAGGAGAAGAAUAAAGAAAUUGAAAGCCUUCUUGCGCAACUGCACAGAACCAACAGCAGCCUUUCAAGUUCAAGACAGCAAGCUUGUGAUUCAAAUAAAAAUGAGGACCCCAAGGGCCCUGACCAGCCAUGUUUCACUAAAAAGGAAGUGCGUGACAUCAUUGUAGAGAGGAAUGAGCUCAAGACAAACCUCUUUCUGUUGCAGGAGGAGCUCAGUUACUACCAGAGGGAGAUUCUGAAUGAAGAGAGAUGCCCCGGCUUUCUUUUAGAAGCAGUUCGCUCUGCAAUAAAGAAAAAAAGAAAGCUCAUCAAGGCCAAGAUGCUUGGGAUACCAGUGAAUGAAUGUAGCAACAGUGAUGACGAGGACAAGAGUCCACAGUUAGGGCAUUCAGAAGUUGACGGUGCAGUGGAUGAUGAUUCAGAUAAACCAGCCGAGUCACGUAUUAAAAACUUCUUUGGCUUCCUGACAAGAUCGGGCAGCACUCAGAGCCCCACCCACAUGAGCAGCUCCGCCUCCACCUGGGAAAUCAUUGGGGACGCAGAAGCUGAUGGAGACACAGAACAACAGCAGACUUCCUGAUCCAGCUAAUGACUCAAGAGAUGUGAGAUCCUGACAGAAAAAAAAAUAACAGUGUUAGAACUUGAAAAAAUACUAGCUUUAUAGAAAAGGACAACUUGUCAAACCAUUUAUUUAAUUUUGACCAUUCUUAAUUGACUCAGUGUUAAAUACUGUAAAACUGUAUUUUAAUUUUAAAAGGGACAUAUGUAGUUUUAUCCAGUGCAUUCAUGUAAAUAGUGUUAACCUUAAUCAAUUAGCUCAACAUACUGCUAAGAUACCAAAGAACAAGCAGAGAAGUAUGUGACAUUUUAAUGGUUUCAGUGAUCACAAUCUUUCUUCCACUAGAGGGCAUUGCUGCAGUUCUAUACUGAGACAAAUGCUAAGUCUAAUACCAGUGGGUUUUUGGAAAUUAUAUUAUAUUUGUUGUUUUUUCCAAAUAUGAUAACAGUAUUGUCUAUAUUUGUAUUAACACAUUUUAUAAUUUUUGAGAUGGUAAAUCUGAACAGGUUGAUGAUUAUUACCUCUGGUGCCAAAAGCAUGUAAAUGUAUUCCAUACAACAUGUGCUUCCAUUUGAAAAUGAGUUGCACAUUUUUAAUGACAGUCAUUUUCAUGGCAGUCAGUGCUGUGAUCUUUUUUCUCACUAUAAAUGUUGAUGUUGAUAACAUAUUUCCACAAUAUUUUUUUUAAAUAAUUGGUAGUAUUGAAAAGAUUAAGAAUCCCUGCAUAGCUCUAUGUUGCACAAAAUAAAUAUAAUUUAAUCAAAACAUGAAUAUACUCUUUCUCUUUACUCUUUAAUUGGCUCUUUGGUGGCUGGUGGCUGAGUGGCUAGCACUCAUGCCUCACAGCAAGAAGGUUCUGGGUUCGAUCCCUGGGUCGCCUGGGCCUUUUCUGUGUGGAGUUUGCAUGUUCUCCCUGUGUCUGGAUGGGUUUCCUCCAGGUGCUCCGGUUUCCCCCAUCAACCCAAAACAUGCUACAUAGGUCUCCAUGAAACAGUUGAUAGUCAUGGUCAGUUAAACACAAUCAAUUCAAUCAUUGUGUCCUUAGGCAAGACACUUCACCCACAUUGCCUAGUAUGAAAGUGGUGUGUGUGUAAGUGAUGGUGGUGGUCGGAGGGACGGAUGGCGCCGAGUGGCAUGGCAGCCGCGCCUCUGUCAGUGUGCCCCAGGGCAGCUGUGGCUACAAUAGU